AAACUAUAAGAAGUAAAUAUUAAUGUUAUAAUAUAUUUUAUUAAUUAUGCUUUCUCUGUUUCAGAAUUAGAUGAUCGACUAGUGUACGAGGUAGUUAGUCACAAUAUCAUUAAAAGAGAAGCCACUAAUGCUACAGUGAUUAAACCAGCGGAAGUGGCUGCUAGUUCCGAAAAACCAACGACGUCACUGCCAAAAAAGGUGGUGAUCAUACCAGACAAAUCAACGAUUCAAGCAGCCGUAAAAAACUUUACUAAAAAUCUUGGCGAAAACGGCCACGGCAUCAGGCUAAACAUAACAUCUACCACACGGCCACCUCUACAAGUCGAUCCAAUUAUCAAGCCAAACGAAAAAUCUAGUACCACUGUAAGCGUAAAUAAAAGCAUUGUAACAGACGCUCGUAAUGAUACAGACGAUGGCGACGAUUUCAGUAUCGCUAACCCGAGUGAUUUGGAUACUGAAGAGGGAGGUAAAAAGUUCAAUGAGUCGCUAUCCAAGCAUAACGUGACUAGUUCCAAAACGGACCCGAAUUUGUUCUACAAUACAUCAAUCUAUGACGACCCGAAUAUUGGGCAUUUCUAUUGGGUGGACAUGAACAAUCGUAGCGAUGUGAAAGUCAACGAACUUCUGUCUCAGUCUCAUCGAAGAGCGGCGACUGUGAAGUUAUCAUUUAACUUCCCAUUCUACGGCCAUUUGAUCAAGAACGUGACCAUAGCAACAGGAGGUUUCCUCUACACGGGCGACUACGUCCAUUCUUGGCUAGCAGCUACCCAAUAUAUAGCACCUUUGAUGGCGAACUUCGAUACCAGUUUAUCCAAUGAAAGUUUCAUAAAAUACGUCGACAAUGGGACUGCCUUUACUGUCGAAUGGGAAAAGGUGACGUUGCAGGAUAAACCAGACGAUGGAGAGUUCACGUUCCAAGUUACUUUGUUCAACAACGGAGAUAUAGUGUUCGUCUAUAAGCAUAUACCGUUGCUCGUUGAACAGAUUCAAGAGUUACAUCAUCCUGUCAAAGUGGGACUCUCUGAUGCUUACAUUAUGGACCAGACUAUAUUCUUGGUUCGAAGAAAAACAAUAUACGAAUACGAUAGAGUUCAUUUCAACAAGACAUACAUUAAAAACUGGACUACUAUUGUGUUGAGAGCUCUGCCUACAUGUCUGGAUGCGACUGAUUGCACCACGUGUUUGUCCAGGAAGUUGAACUUUAAGUGCUUCUGGUGUCCCGCUAUGUCUAAGUGUUCCCAAGGCUACGACAGGCACCGUCAGAACUGGUUGACGAACAAAUGCGACACAAACAGCUUCAGCAACGCCUCUGUUUGUUCAGCGGUAUAUCAAAACGAAAAUACCGCCUACGUAUUCGAUCAUAGUGAUUCCGAUAAGUUAUCUCAGAGUAAAAUGUCGUUGGCCCAUAAAAUGAUAGGACCCAAUCCGCCAAAUGAGGUAGGAAUGUCCGGUGUUGUAGCUAUACUCUUCUUGGUUGCAAUGCUGUCUGGAUUGUCAUUUUGGGUGUUCUACGCUUAUCGGAAUCCACAUACGUUUAGUGGACAAAUUUUAAUUAGAUACCGACCCAGCCAAUGGAGAUGGAGAAGAGGCGAAGCCAGAUACACAGCAGCUACGAUUCAUAUGUGAUUUAACCAAUUUUAAUUCUUAGGUAUUUUUUAACGUAUCAGACAAUUGAAAGGAAAGGCAACUGAACGUUCUCUAAAGCCGUAGUAAAACGAUGAACUGUUAGUUAACCAAAUUUUAGAGAACGAUAUUUACAGUGUUGUGCAACAAGAUUUUCUGUGAUAAAUAAAAGGAAGGAAUUGACGAGGCUCUUGAAGUACAGAAAAUAAUUGAUUUUUUUGAUUAAAUCAUCGUAUUAUGUAAAUAGUUUAAGUAAUAGUUAAUAGGGUAAGUCUGGUAGAUUCUUCAUAUAAUAUAUUUUCCUAGGAUAUAAUUUUUGUUUGUAUUUAUCUUAUUCUAUCAAAGUGUUGACCAUACUUACUUCUGCGUCUUCUUACUUUUAAUUUCAUUAUCUAUUUGUUUUUAAAUGUAAUUCUUUCCGGAUUGCCGACAAUUUUGUGCAAUUUUGAUGGAAUCAAUUCGAACAUAUCUUAUUCGAACAUAUCUUCGAACAGUGUAUCCAGUCUUCCGAUUUUUUUUGGUUUUGAAGAAAUUUUCUACAGAUUUUGCAGUACUUUUUAAAAUCUAGUUAGUCAUUUCAUUAAUUUGAAAAACUAAUUUAGGCUUCAUUACUUGAUAGGAUCCAUUUUUCUAUCCAAAGUCUCAGGUCUCAUCCAGUCCUGAGCUAUGUUUAAAAUUUUCAGUCUCUAGCUCAUUGAGAAGUUGAUUCAGAAUCAAUUGAAUCGAUAAAAUUCUUCCCGCUAUAAACACAAACAAGUUAAUAAUUUUAAAAUCAAAUUUUAACAACUUUUCUGUAAUUCAUCUACCAAAAUUUCAAAUGCUAGUACUUUGUAAUUUUUAAGCAUGGUCAACUCUCCCUCUUGGCGAUCUGUAUUGGACUUACCCUAGUAUAUAAUACAAAUUAAUCCAUUUUAUCAAUUAUUUUUUGUUCUUUGAGCCGACAAAUAACCAACGUGGCCUUUGUUUCGUGCCUUAAGAUAUUUUGUAUACAUUUUUGAAGAUUGUUGUAGUUGUUUUUCAGGUGUAUAUACAUAUAUUUGACUAUUUUGUAUUGUAUAUUUUUACCCGAUUCCUCCAGUUACAAAAUCGAUAGUUAGUGCGAUGCGCAAUCGAUACAUUUUCGAUAUAUUUCAGCAAGUAUACCCUUGGGAGGCCCCCUCCACUACUAUUUUCACGUCACAGUCAUACCCCCUUUCGGUUAUGACGCAGCUGUCAGUCAACUGUCAAUUCGCCGUAUUGUCUCACCUGUCAAUUUGUCUUCUUUUUCAACAUCAUAGUGGCGCGAACUUGUCGUCAAAGGAUCGUUAUUCUUUUUCUUGUGCGAAAUUCGUGUAUCUCCGUUGUUAUCGAUCCGUUCGAGACGUGCGAGGUAUCAUGUGAUAGCUUUUAAAAUCACGCAAAAAAAAUGUGCUAGCAAAGGCACUGGUAUGUACGCCAAAAGUGAAAAUAGAAAAAAAUAUUAAAAUUCAUAAUAUUCACCUUCUUUUUAAACUUUUCUUAUGUUCCACCAGUCAAUUCGUCAUCUUCUUUUUCAUUUGUCACGUUAAACGUCAUCUGCCAGCCGUCCAGCCAUUUAAUCUCUGUAUCUACCUAUACGAACAACAGUCUUAACAUCCACUCUUUGACAUAAGUCUCCGUUCACUACAUACGACUACUGCUUGACAUAUGAUAAACGCGAAACAGUCCCAACGUUCACUGACAGUGCGAAGUGUCAUACAAUAGAAUUUAGUGAAUAUUAAUUAAUAAAAAGGCAGCAUGUUGAAGUAAUCUUAGUUCUUUUUCGCGCGUGUGUAGGUUCACGUACCUGUGUUGAUCCGAUCGAGGCAUGCGAGAUAACACAUACGUGAUGUAGUAUCUGCAAUAUUGAAAAGGGGCACGACGUGUGACGUUAGAGUGGUACUGAAGGGGUGGCUCCCAAGUAAGGGUAUUCCUUAUUUCAUUGUAAACUUUUGACAUUUGGUAUAAAACAGAAUGAUGUGAAUUUAUUAGUAACUAAUCAGACAGGUGCAGUUGAUUUCAGUAAUAUAUACUGUCGAGCGUGAUAUUGAAACAAUUGCCCCUAUAGUUAUACAUAUCUGUAUUAAUGUGACCUGUGCGUAUUCUAGUUAAUUACGCACGCUUUUUUUUAUAGAAAGGACUAGAUUUUUAACGGACGAUAUAUUUCUGGAGGGAACUGUACAGCCACUUAUUUUACAUUGUUUCUUCUAUUUCUGUAUUUUCCGAUGGUCACUUACUUUUUGGAAAAGUGGAAGACCAGGAGAAUUAAAUUAGAGAGUAGGAAAAAAACCAAUACUGCAUUGCUUUUGAUGUGAAUGUGUUGUCGUACGAUCCGUUGAGAAAACUCACAUUCGGUAGAUAUAAUUUAAGUGUGCGUAUGUGUAUGAAAAGUGUCUUAAAAAAUGUUUAUACGUCACGUAUAAGCUCAGUGGCCCCAGGAAAAGGUAAAUAAACUGAAAAUACCAAAACAAUAAGUGAACAUUAACAUAUCUUUACUAGAUAUUUUUGUGGUUCCUUAUAUAGACAACAAUGUCAUAGUUUACAAUAUGUAUCAAACAAUUCCUUAUCUUUUUUGUAACAAAAUAUAGAUAUAAGUUUUAAAUUAAGCAUUUAUCUCAUUAAUUUAAAGAGAAUCAUUAGACCUUGUACCAUUUUAAGUUGUAGAAUAUUGUAUAAUCUUUUGCUUCUACAUAAAUUACAUAAUAAAUAACCGAAAUAAAUCAAUACCUUUAUUAACACCUGCGCAUUGACUCUAGAAAAGUUGUUGCGUAGAUAAAAAGUCGUUAUUCAGAACAUCAAACAUAAGCUAAAGUUUGUUGUAUAUGAAGCUUCUCUUAUAUACAUAAAAUAACCAAUUAUUCUUUUAUAAUAGAAGUUUUAUCAGCCGCCAUGUUUUUCGUACAGACAGAUUUCACAAUACAAUACGUCAUACAUUUAUAAAUUUGUAAAGAAAUAUUUAUUAAUAAAUAUUUAAUAAAGAAAUACCAUUGCUUAUAAAGAAAUAAAGCGCUUUAGGAAAUUUAUAAAAUAAUUAUUUAUAUUACUCAUCUAACCUGUUUGUUUACAAAAUGUCUGUUCGAAAAAAAUGGCUGACACUAUUCCAUGAUGAAUAGGCGUAUUUAUCGCCUUAGAAAAUCAUCUUUAAAACGUCACUGUCAGGACCGUCAACUAACUGCUAAACCAGGGGACAAAAUUUUAUAUUUGUCAAUUCCAAAAUUUUACAGAAUCUUCUUUUUAUUCGUUUGAAUGUUUCUGACCCUUUUGUUAAUUGUAUGGCGUUAAUAUUUUUUCUAUCUAUAGUUAAAUAUCUACCUCUAUAAUUAAAGACAGUAUUAUAAAAUGGCGAACGAGUCCUUAAAAUUGGUAUUUUGAUAGAUGUGGUUUAUAUUGUUAAUAGACAUUUAAAAACUUCCGAAAUGUUAUUGGUUUCUCACGCAAUCGUACUUUAUUCGAUUCUAAAAUAUAACGAAGCUAUAACAAUUCUUCAUGUUUUACAAUUUAGCUUACAAGAAAUGCGAUUUGUUUAAAACAGGACCAAUAAAAAACACUUAGUGCCUGAUAUAACCUAACAUAACCUCAACGUCCUUUCAUACAUCAUGUUGGCACACAAUUAACAUAAACAGUAAUAAUCAUAGAUAAAUAAUAAAUAGUGUAAUAAUUAUAUUCCGUGAUCGGUUGAUAGGUACUUCAUUCUGUAUAUCAGUGACAUUUCUGCUUCACGUUGAUUUUUUCAUCAUAUUUUCAUCGAUGUGAUCUAUUAUACAAAUACUACUUAUUUGAGAGUUCAUAAUUCUAUUUUACUAUAUUAAUGUAAAUUCCUAUAGGCUGGCUGUGCUAUUUUUAUAGAACUGUAACAACAUGUGAAGCAGGUUUAGUCUGAUGAGAUGUUCUGAAUAAAGAUAUUGAUAAUAUUUUUUAGUUCUUAUAAAACAAUUCUUGUAGUUAUUUAAUUAGUUAUUAACACAGUUUUUAAUUUGUUAAUGACUUCUAAAAUUUAUUUCUAUUUCUGACUUUAUUUCAUUAUAUCGUUAUUAUUUUCUUUUAAUAUUUUUCAAAUUACGUUUGUAUACAUAUUUUCAAAACUGUAUGUUAAUAAAACUAUUUUAAAUG